AUGCUGCUCUCGCUGGCCUGGCUCGGCGCAGUCGCCGCCCAUGUCAUUGCUCUUUCCCCCGUCGACUCGGGCUCCCAAGCCUCCCUGCCAAGCUCCUUCUCCUGGACAUCCAGCGGUCCAAUCAUCGGCCCGCGCGACGACGGCCACGGCGUUCGCGCCAUCAAAGAUCCCUCCAUCGUGUACUACCAGGGCCGCUAUCACGUCUUCGCCAGCGCGCCGACGUCGUCAAACUUCAACCUCGUGUACCUCAGCUUCACCGACUUUGCGAGCGCCAAGAACGCAAAGUUCCACUACCUGGAGCGGACCCGCAUCGGGCGAGGAUACCGGGCCGCCCCGGAAGUCUUGUACCACCGGCCUCACAAGCUCUGGUACCUCGUCUACCAGAGCGCGGGCCCGACCUUCUCUACCAACGCGGACAUCGGCGACCCUAGCGGAUGGUCUGCCCCGCGCUCCUUCUACGCAGGCACGCCAGCCACCGUCCGGAGCAACAAGGGCAACGGGUCGUGGCUGGACUUUUGGGUGAUUUGCGACGGCGAGUACUGCUACCUGUUCUCGUGCGACGACAACGGCCACCUGUACUGCGCCAAGACGUCCAUCUCCGACUUCCCCAGCGGCAUGAGCGAGCCCGUGAUUGUGCUCAGGGACGAGAAAAUGGCCCUGUUCGAGGCAUGCAACGUGUACAACGUUGGGGGAUCCUACUUGCUCAUCGUCGAGGCUGUUGGCAGAGACGGCAACCGCUACUUCAGGUCGUGGACGGCCGAGACGCUGUCCUCGCCGUGGAAGCGGCUGGCGGACACGGAAGCGAACCCGUUUGCCCGCCACAGCAACGUCCAGUAUCCGACCAAGCCGCCGUGGAGCUUGAGCGUCAGCCAUGGAGAGGUUGUCCGCAGCCGCGUUGACGAGACUCUGAGCAUUGACCCUUGCGGGAUGCAGUACCUGUACCAGGGCCUGCCUCACAGCAAAGAUUUCGGCAACUACAACACUCUGCCGUGGCAACUCGGUCUACUUAACCAAACAAACUGCUAG